UUCCCUGUGAUUGAGUGAGGUUAUAUCGUGAUUGGAAUAAGACAUUAUCGACUCAGUGAUGGCAGACAAACUAACGGCUUGGAUUGUGUGACCUUCUGGUAUCUGCACGAGGUUUGUGGGAGCUCGCCGAGGCUGGAUGAUGAUGACGAACCAUAGUCAAGCAUACUGCACAAAGGAAGUAUGGACAAUCGUAUGUAUGGUUCUUAUGGGCCACGUACAAGCUCAAUCUGGACUACCUAUAUCACGACUCCUUCGUCGUUUUCUGGAAACCAUUACACAGGAAAGUGCACCAAAGACAAUUGACGAGCUCAUCUUCAGUGCUGCAGCUCAUCCAGUCGUGCUAUCCAGUCCACUUCCGUCAAACUUAGGGGUAGCUAAUAAUGACAACAUGAUGUUGGUUGAGUACGACAUAUUGAUGCCAGUAGGACAAUACCAACAGGCUUACGAGAGCUCACAACAAAAUGGAACCAGUGUCCGGAAAAAAAGAAAAGUGCCAACAGCAAAUAAUCUGAUUUGGGACAAUCACGAGGUUCUUAUGGCGAUAGAUAAAGAAUCUAAAUUCACUACAGCACAAGUCAAACUAAUACACGAAGCCAUUGAGGAAUGGCAGCAGAAGACGUUUGUCCGGUUCAGAUCGCCGACGCCAUACGACAUCCACGUCAAAAAACUACCGUUCGUGUUUAUACGUAACGGAACAGGGUGUUCCUCACCAUUAGGGAGGAAUCCUAUGCUUACAAAAGGGACUGUGAAAUACCAGCCAAUAAACCUAGCGCCUCCGUGUCGUGUGAGACAUAUAAUAGCCCACGAGAUAGGGCACGCACUGGGCAUGGUCCACGAGCAGUCUCGGCCCGACAGAGACGAAUACCUGAACAUCGAAUGGACUAACGUACAGACGAGUAUGAGACACAACUUCCAGAAGUUUAACAAAGCUGUCUCGUCCUCACGAGACGUACCUUAUGACUACACAAGUCUAAUGCAUUACGGUCCAAUGGCGUUUUCGACGAACGGUUCUCCGACAAUGCGGACUAAAAAUCCCAAAUAUCAGGACUUGAUAGGGAAGGCGACCCGUAUCAGCUUCCAAGAUGCUCUCGUUGUCAAUAUAUUAUACAAAUGUUUUAGCAGGACGAAACCCAUCCUGAGAUCCAGAAUUAAAAACUAAAAGGACGUUAAAGAUUUAUUUUCCAAAACUAAGUAGCAUGCAUGAUCGAUAUCCAGCGUUUACGCUCACUUACGCUCACUUACGUUCACUUACGCUCACUUACGCUCACUUACGCUAUCUGCACGCUCAGAGCGUACGUGAGCGUAACCCCUGGAUAUCGAGGAUGGGUAACAUGUUGUCAAAGGUGUUAGGGUUUUAGGAAUUUCUUCAUGCAGUUUACAUAUGUAGGACAUUUAAACCAGCGAUACCGGUGAUGCUGAAGAGCUACAAUCGACAUAAAAUUCAAUAGAUGUUUGUAAACCAACAGUGUUUGUCGAAAUAAAUAAUGUG